AUGGCUGAAGAUGCUCUUGAAGCUCAAACUAAUGGCCGUUUAAAUCAAAGGACCUUGUCGAAAGUUUAUCCGCGGUUCACGCGCGCUGAUCAGGAGCGAGGCCGUAGCAAGCGCGCGGCGGGAGGCGGACAAGCGCGGCAGUCCGCGCGCCGCGUUCGACACACCACCAUGCGGGACGACGAGCCCCCGCUUCUGUACUCCCCCAUCCCCGGCCCCCAGCCAUCCCGCUUGAAGCGAACGCUACAAACGCUCCGCUCGCCGUUUCGCUCCGGCGCGCCCUUCCAUUUCUCGUCGCUCAAGCGCACCGGCUCAAGUAAAUCCUCAGUAUCGGACGGUGAGAUCGUGCGGGACGAACGCACUAUGCGCAAGAAAAAUAAAAAGCUACGCGCUGAGUCGGUGGACGCGUCGCGUAGCACUGACAGUUCGCCGAUUGUUGAAAAAAAGAAAACUGGUUUGUUAAAACGGAUGAGUAGUAUUGGAAAACGGCGAGGGGAGAGUUCCACGACCCCCUCGCUAUCUGAUGAUCCUGAACCUCAACAAGAUGUUUCUGAUCAUGAUGCUGCAGUUGAUCCUCAAGAUCAGGUCAGCUCCGGUGUUAAUACUCCCGAACAUGCACAGGGAACUCCAAAACCGGAGCCUGAUGCGAAUGUGGUUCCUGAAAAACAAGAAUUUGUUGAAAAAAGUGCCACAAACACACCGGAAACUCGGUUGGAAUCAAAAAUAACUGAAGAACCAUCAGUAUCACCAGAACCAUCUUUCAUACCAAUAGCCGUGGAACAUCCGGUAGCCAUGCGUGCCUUUACAAAGGAAGCUUGGAAAAGGCGCCGUGAAACUGAAAUCGAGAAACCGGUCGAGGAACCGAGUCCGGGCGAUGCUCUAAAGCGUCGCAUUACGUUUGUCGCGCAGGCGUCAAUCGCCCUUUCAGAGGAUCGUGACGAUGACGAGGAUGAGGGCGAGGAAGGAGGGGGUGAGGUGGGGACACUGGAGGCGGCAGUACUACUGGCCCGGCAGCGACUCGCUAUGGCUGCGCACUCGCCCGCGCCGCCGCAUUCGAGCGACAACAUCGAAACGGAAGAGGUGGAGGGGUUCGCGGACACGACAGAACCCGCGGACACCAUGCCGGCUUACGGAGACCUCAUCGAGCCUGAGAACAAAGCCGAAAACGUCGACGUUCCACCGUCGCACACAUCAGGUGGUGGCGAGAGACGGGAACACUUAUACAAGAUUCUGGUGAUCGGAGAACUCGGCACGGGAAAGACGUCAAUCAUCAAGAGAUAUGUCCACCAGUUCUUCAGCCAGCAUUAUCGAGCGACGAUCGGUGUUGACUUCGCUCUCAAAGUUCUUAAUUGGGACGCGAACACUAUCAUACGUCUACAGUUAUGGGAUAUUGCAGGCCAAGAACGCUUUGGGAACAUGACCAGAGUGUACUACAAGGAGGCGGUGGGAGCCUUCAUAGUAUUCGACGUGUCACGCGUGGCGACAUUCGACGCGGUGGUCAAAUGGAAGACCGACUUGGAUACCAAGGUUCAGCUGGCCGAUGGUUCACCUAUACCGUGCAUACUGUUGGCGAAUAAGUGCGAUCAACAGAAGGAAGGUAUAGUGAACUCACCGGCAAAAAUGGACGAGUACUGUCGGGAGAAGGGAUUCGCGGGCUGGUUCGAGACCUCAGCCAAGGAGAACAUCAACAUCGAGGAGGCAGCUCGUUCGUUAGUUAAUAAGAUUCUUCUAAACGACAAACUUCUUCAAAGCAACGACAAAGAUGGCGAGAAGUUUGCCCUCGAUCACAAGAUCGCAAACGGUGAAAAUAAUCGCGAAUCCAGUUCGGGCAAAUCGUGCGCUUGCUGACCAACUACAGUGUAAGAAAUGUGGUCGUUUUGUGAUCAUUAUGCGGUCAUGCGUCGAUCAAAUUAUGUUUCUAAUUGUCUAAUACUUGUUAUGUUAUAUAUAAUUUAUAUGACGACAAUCGAUAGAAUUUACUUCUAUUGGCGAAUAAAUGUAAUUUUUUUUGACUACUUGUUAUAACUUUAAAAUAUAUAAAUAUUCAUUCUUCUAGCUUUAACUUGUUAAUGAGUUUAAAAUGUUUGCGAGUUAAACCAUCUUUAAAAUCUUUGUGACUAUAAUAUUAAUAUUUAUAUCAUUUAUGCAGUUGACACAAGCUAAUAAUACGUUGCUUCAUUCAACGAUUGAGUCAAAAAACGGUCGUGUUCAGUUGUGGCCUUAAUAUUUUUAAAUGUAAUUACGUCAAUUUGUGGUCGUUAUAAUCGAUUCUAAGGUAUAUUUAUUAUUACAUGUUUUGUGCGGUUGUAAAAUCACGAUAUAACAAUAAUACAGAUAAUUAAUAUACAUUUCCUAUAAAUUUUAUUAUAAUUUUUAUUAAUUUUUUAAGAAUUGGUGCAGCUUCAUAGAAAUUAUUAUUUUUUAAUAAUAUAAGAAAUAAAUUCUUGUUGACUAUUACAGCUGAAUAUUUGUUAUUUACAGUGAAGAGUAACUGAAUUAACAAACCGCAUUUAAUAUAUAAAAAGUGCCUCUACAUCGAAUUUAUAUGUAUACCGUACCUACGAAGGUAGAGUGCGUUAAGUUUUUGUGAAUGUGUUAAGUGCCAUUUUCGGCUGAAGUCAUAAAUAAUAUAAAAAUUAUAGACAAUAGUGUUUAACAUUUGUGUUAUUUUAUUAUAAUAAGUAUUACUUAUUGUAUGAGAGCGUGUGAGUUUAUUUUAAAAUAAUAAAAUGUUUUGACAUUA